GAGAGAGAGGAUGAUAGUCCAGAAGUCAGUGACUAUCAUGAUGUUUGUGGGGCUUUUGUUAGCACCAUCGUUGCCCUUAUGGACUUCUGUAAUUGUCAGAGAUUUUCUGGGAGAUUUCUCCCUAAUUCCACUUCGUUAUAUUUCAUGAAAUAAGAAUAUAAUGCAUUCAUCUUUUCUCUGACAUGCCGAAUUUUCCAUACUGUGAUAGGUACCACCUAUUCACUGAAUAAAGCUGAUAAAAAUAUAACUUAUCUGUGAAUUACACGGUAUGAGUGAAGCAACAUAGCACAAGCAAGCCGGAAUAAUGGGCAAAUAACCCCAAAUCAAAGAGUUAUAGACAUUACCACAGUUCUCCAAAUUUAGCCAGCCUUGCCAGUGUCAAAACUGUUAGCAUGUACAAACUCAGAUGUGAUGGUUUCAAGAGACAGGUGGAAUAAGUACUUUCCAAAGAAAGCUGGCUUCUUCCCAUUAAUCAAAUCUUUCCCCGAACUCCUGCAAUACCUCAAAGGUAACUCAUAGAAAUCGUGGACCACUAUGAUGCCUGCCAAGGUAUCUGAAAGGUUUCCACCCAACACUGCUAAUAAUUCCUUGAGGGCAGGUACUAGGUUCUGUGUUUCUCUAGGAUCUCCCAUAACACUUGAAUACUUCAGACAUUUUAUAAACAUUCAUUGAUUGGUUAGGUUCUAUAGCUAAAGAUCUUCUGCUCUUCUGAAGUGACACAAAAUAGCAAAGAACUCUUUAAAUUUCUCUAGACAAAAUUGUAAUAUGUCUUUAGUAUCCUUCCAUCAAUCUCUCCUUUCUGGACUCACUUCCUGUUUAGUACCUACCUCCCAUCCCCGCCCCUAGAAUUUCCAGUGAUGUUACACUCUGAGACCUCUUCUGGGCAUAGCCUGGAAUCUGUUUUCCACAAUCAUCAUCUACAUUUACUUGUUUUGUGUUAAAAAACAAUUGAGGGGAGAUCUAAUAAAAUUAUUCACAUGUAAGUGUUAAUGAUUAAAUAAUAGAUUUAAAAAUUAUUUCUCUUAGGGCAUGAGCUUUUUAUAGUCAGAGCUUUUCAAAGCUGAAAUAAACCUUAGAAGUGAUCUAUUCUAACCCCUCAUUUAACCAUUGAGAAAAAUUGAAACCCAGAGGUUAAGAGAAUUGCUCGUUUACAUAGCUGGGUGAGAAGUAGUGUCCUAAUAAAGAGAAAGAAAUCUCUAUCGAAAGAAUUUCAGGUCCCUGUGGCUGGCAACAAUGGAGCUAAGUGGGGAAACAAGGGAGAUAUUUGGAGGAGAUAAUUUUCUGAUUUCCUUCAGUUCUUCCCCAAAGGAUAACUUCUUCCCUGCCUGUCAGUAAAGGCUUUAUUGCUCCAAAAUGGUAUAUCUAUAAGACAAUAUCCAUCACAUCACACCCUGAGUGACUUUGCAAACCUCCAUAAAGUGCCCUGCGUGUGAAGCUAUCUCUAGCCCAAAUCAGUUGUGGUUUUGAGUUUCAAUGCUACUAUCAUUGGUAAGAGGAAGAAAAAUAAUUUAGGAGUAAAGCCAAGCAAAAGCAAUUUUAACAGAAAAAAAAGAAAAGAAAAGAAAGAGAAAUUAUACAUGUUGGCUCAUUAAUUCUCUUCUAGCAAAAAAGCAAGUCAAAUACUGUGAGCCUGAUCACCUCUGAAAACAGCAUUGCAAUGCCUAGGUCCACUUCCUGUGCAGGAAGGAAACAUGUAGGCCUGUUCCUAUGGCAACUCUUGCCUCAGCUAAAGAACAAGCACCACUCAAAGCUGAGCUUCUAGAGAACAGCACAAUAACUGGAGAUUGUGGGUAGUUUAAGGACAAUCAUUAAGAGGCAGAUAAAGAGCAAACCAGAAGAGACUAAUCAUAUGAGAUAGGUUCUCCUCUGGUGACACCCAGGAGCCUGGCCAAAUACCCAGGUGGGAGGUCACAUCAUAAACCUGUAGAUGGAGCAUCAGGAGGCUAUCUAUAGAUGAGGACAUCUCAACCCCUAUGAACAGGCCUUUCUGGAAUAUAUUGCUUGAUUCUAACAAGUCAUCUGCUUGAAGUCUGACAAUCAGAUGAUGACGACACAUGCAGCCACUACUUAGCUGAAGGUGAUUUCAAUAACCUUCAGGGAAUUGUAGUUCUUCGUCCUUGAAUCUCAAUUUUGAAAGGAGAAUGAGAGAGAUUGAGAGAGACAGAGAGUAGAGACAGAAAGAUCUGGUCUAGGACAGGGUCUGCUAACCUCUAACAGUGCCCUCACUAGCAAGUCAGUUUAUCUGUCUAGAUCUUGUUCUUCUCCUUAGUAAAUAUGAGAUUUACGUCAGUUAUAAAUACCCUUGAUUCACUGUAAACAGAUACAAUAAUUGCUCCAGGAAAUUAGACACCAAUUUAUUUAAAGAUAUUGAAAAGUCGAGGAUAAUGUGGGAUUACUGUAUUGUCGCAGUCAAAAGGAGGAAGUUCAGGACCAUGUUAAAAUAAUUUGGUCUUAUUAUAUAGAGUAAGAAAAAGAGAUAUGAGGCCAGACGACCCAAAACCAGCUCAUUCUGGAAAGCUGAUUAGAAAAAGAUGAAAAUGUCUUAUAUGGCAAAUAAAAGGACUGGAAAAGCAGUUCUCAGGGAAAGCCCUUUUAAAGCAAAAUUAAGGUCACAAAUAUUUGGUGAGCCCCACCUGUUUACAGGAUACUGUGCUUUAGCACAUACUGAUGUUUAAGGAACUCUCCAAAGUAGAGAAAGGAUUAGAGGACGAAUAAUCUAAACAUACUAAAAAGACCCUGCUGGUUUGACUGAUUUUUAGAGAUUACAAGUCUCUUUAAACAUCUGAUAAAAGUCAUGGUCCUUUUAAAAGGAAAAAAGGAAUAAACUCAUGAAAUUGUGUAUGCAAUCCAGAGGUUCAUGGACUCCUGAAGUCCUUCAGAGACUUUGUUGGAUUAGGAACAUGACCUGGAAACUAACUUUUGGAAACAUGAAGCAAAAAGUUGAGGAAGCUUGCUUCUUCUCUUCCAGGCCUAGCCAAAUCAAUGACACAACCGAGUCUUAAACUAAAAAUCAUGUCUAUGAAUGUUGGGUAUGUAGAAGCAGAAGAUACCAGGUAACACCUGCAUCUGAGGAAGUGUGAUCACAAACCUGGCAGAGGAGCAAAGGUGUCCAGGGAGCAGCUCUUUAGAAGAGUUCAGUGGUCAAUUGACUUGAUUUUGAAUAAUUAAUUCUUCGCUGAACUAAGCCUCAUGCAUGGGUUUUGGUUCUGGCUUUGCUACUAACUAGCUGUGACUCCCUGGAGCGAAUGUUUGAACACUGUGGAUUUUUCCUCAUCUUGGGAGGCGAGGGGUGAGAGCAGACCAUCCUUGGGUGCUUUCCUUUUCCAAGACCUCUAUCUGAAGGUUUCUCCUGAUCUACAGUCAGUAUCAACUAAGUUGCCAGUUCAGUUACCUUAUCUGUUACUGCAUAGAUAAGAGAUUAUCUAUUUGUUUUAGUAUUUCAAAUUUAUGCAAAUUCCUCCAAAGAUGCUGCAUUUUAAAUUUCACAAUUCAUCUCUGGGGAACUUCAGAUUCUCCAAAAGCCUUAGCCAUAAAUGGUUAAUAUAGUUUGACAAUGAUUUCUCAAACUGUAUAUAUAUGUGUGUGUGUAUAUUUGGCCACAAAUGUCAGUUUUCUUUUUUUAUCCUCCCAUUUCCUGGGGGCUUCCUAAAGUGAAAAUAGAAAUUUUAUGGAAAUUUUGCAGACAAUUUUCCAAUCUCAUCAUGUAGAGAACAAUUGGUUUUAUCAUCGAUGAUAACUAUAAUAGUUAUCAUACAUAGAACUAAAUGCUUUCAUGAGGAUCAUAUUACUUAGUCCUCACUACAGAUUAGAAAACUCUUCUACAGAUUCAGGUAAAUAGCUCACCCAAGAAGACAUAGUGUGUGAGGGGCAGAGCACCGGUUGUCUGACUUUUAGGCACUACGCCCUGUUGCUUCAGUUGUCUUUACUAAGAAGUAAUAAUGAAAUUAUAACGCUUGUUAGUCAUUUUGAGAUUCUAUUCAGGGGUGCGCAGGCAGAGAGAGGUAAAUGAUUCUUUGUAGGAAUGGCUUUAACAAAGCAGGAAAUUGUCACAAAAAGAGGGUUUCAGUGCCACUUUGCCCUUGUGCAAGUCUCUGAACCUCUCUGAGCUGUAGUUUCGUCCUCUGCAGAAUGAAAUCAUUGCAUUAAAAGAUCUCUAAGUCCUCUUUGAAUGCAAUGACCCUAACGCUCUUUGAUGUAAAAAAAGGGUAUGAAAUGAGAAAGAAAAAGAGGAAGUAGAGCUGGGGCUGGGGAGAACCCUGUCCAACCAUCAGCAAAAAACAUUCUGUUGGGCUUUUCUCAGCAGGGUUGUUUUGUUUGUUUGUUUUGUCGUAUGUUGUUUUUGACUUUGGUUCUUUACACAGGAAAAGCAAAAUGAAGAAUUAAUAACUUAAUGAGGUUAAUAUUGAUUCUGUCAGGCACAAAGCCCCCAAAGCACAUAGGGCUUUUUUUUUCCAUGUGCUGACUACUCCAGUUAUCUCUAUUUUCUGCAUCCCAGAUGCCUACACAGAUAAAUUUUCAUGGUGGAACCCUCACACUCCCAUGUCUGCUCUUCAGUGAAACAAUGUCAAGGGUUAGAUGUGCUGAGGUGGAGCCUUAAGCUUCUCUGGCUCAAUUAAAAUGCCAAAUUAAAUUAAGAUGGUUAUUCACUGCAUGAGCAUGACAGCACAAAUUGACGUUUUCACUUGCAAAUUCAGUGGAUUUUUCAAUUUUUAAAUUUCUGAGGCACUGCAAGUGAAAUAUGUUUAAGAAUUUACACCAAUCUCAGGAUAGAGCUCACUCAUCUGGUUCAUUAAUGCGGAUCUAAGUAAGUUGAAGACAAGAAGAGGUGAAACUCUCGAGUUUAGAUGAAACGCAUCACCUGGUGAACCUAGAAAAAGGUGACCUUCAUGUCCACUAGAACAUGGACUUCGAGUCCAAUGGACGAGAUAUUUAAAAUGUGAUUUUGCACUUGACUUAUCAUAGGACUUAAGCAAGUGAUUGAUUUCACCGAGCCCAAGUUUUUCCACCAAUAAAGUGAGAAUGAUCUUUAUGGGGUUGAAGAGUUGGAGAAAACAUGAGAAGUCCUAAGACUGUAUUGGCCAAUAGGAGAUGUUGAAUAACUACCCGUCCCUUUCUCUCCUCUCUUCCUUGUGAUGUUGUCUAUUUUGUCGCACGGUUUCAGAGAAGUGAGUUAACUGCGCAGGCAUCAAAUGCUUUCUCUAGGAUCUGCAGUGUUGAUACUGUCCACUCCUUCCUUCUUAAAAAUAGAUUUUAUUUCUUUGAAGAGUAGAGAAGAGACAAGACGUUCUGGGAAUUGCAAGGACUGUCACUAUUAUAUUUCUUUAAAAAACUUCCACAUAAACAAUUUAAUUUUAGAUUCUAUUUAUUGCUCCCUUUUAUAGUGGAAGCCAGAGGUCACUCUGUGAGUGAGAAAAAAAUAGAAGACACAGGCAUAGCUAAUGGAGAGAAUUUUUCUCUGGAGCAAGAUACUGUGGAGACCUCACUCAUGUCCUAGAGUUGCCAGAUCAUGCAUCUAGAAGCACAGACCAUGAAUAUAAAUGUGGUAGAGAUGAGGGAGGGAGAAAAAAAAAUGUGGAAGUACCAGAAGCAGGGGAUUUCCAGCAGAGAAGUACCUAUGUAAGUAGCAUCAGCAUUCCCCAGCACCCUGUCGGCCCCACGCCCCGCUGACCAGAUUCUGUCCUACCUUUCCCUUAUCUGGGCCUGGAGCUCUAGAGCAGGUCAUGGAGAAUUGAGCUGUCUCUGAAUGACUGUUGACAUUUCAGAGCUAGUCGGCUUUGCCGCCUGCCUGGUAAUUUGGCUUGUUUGAGGAAUCCAAGUUUAUCACUUGGGACACCAGAAGCUGACUGGGUUCUGGGGUCCUCUCUGGUGUCUCAGGUUUCCAUAGAGGGAUUGGUGCUUCCUGGGAUCCUCAGGGCUGCUCUCUACCCCCUAGACCCCACAAAGAACUUCGAAACUGCAAAGCUGGUUGAGAAUAACCAGCCCAGUGCCGGAGAGGACAGUGUCUUGUUAGAUACAAUAAAUAUUAUAAUCAAAUCUGAGGAAGGUACAAAUUACUAGAAGCAGAAAUCUUUAACAUUUCCUUCAGUGAGAGAAAUGAUACAUUAUUUCUUGUCUGUGCAUUCAUAGUAGUAUAUACUCUUCAGCCCUAGAUUCAUGUGCAAAGAAGGGAGAACUCACCUCUUUAAACUUUUCUGAGUGUAUACCCUGUGACUUAGUCUCUGUGCUAAGAAUUUUCGCAAAUAUUUAUUUUAAAUAAUCCUUAAAGAAAACUGCAUUAAAGAAGCCAUUAUUAGGCAAAAAGAUUUUACUGCAGUAGCUCAGCCCAUUCAUAGUUUUAAAUGAAGCAUGGACUAUUAGAGAGAAGUAAAGAAACUUUAUGAUCACUGUACUUAGAAUAUCAAUCCCUUCAAGAAAAUCCAGGGGAAUUUUUACUAGCUCUAGCUGUGGAAACCAGAGUGUAAUACAGCCCAGAGUGACUGAAUAAGUGCUAAUUGAAUAGAUAACCAUUGAGGUUUCAGGAGCAACCUGAGACCCUUCCCUGAGUUUACCCUAAUCUGGGAUCCUGGGUAGUGAUAACUAACACUGACUCGGGAGCAAGAAUGCUCAGAACGUGAAAUUAAAGAAAAUGUCUCCCAUGGAGCAUUUCCUAAAAUGUCCUUCUGAGGCAUUGUAGCUCUUGGCCCCGCCUCCCCGCUGGCCCCAGUCAAAUCACUUAACACUUCUGAGGCUUAUUGUCUUCUGUGUCCUCUCAGCAUUCAGAAGUUUCUAACACCAGGCCUGACACAUAGAAGGCACCCCACAUAUGCUGGCUCUCAUUCUCUGUCUGCUUAAUUUUUCCUGAGAACUUCUCUUUUCCUGCUAGCUAAAGUUUGUAAUGUAUUGUGCUCCCAAGAAUUGGCCCAGGCCAUCCUUUUUUUUCAUCACAUUGACUUUGUUGUGCUGAGUUUCCACUAAAAACACAACCUUGAUGUUGCUUGGAGCAAACUUCCCUAGGGACAAACUCGCACUCUCCCAGACAAAGAAGAACCAAAUUCCAGUGCCUGGAAGAUGCCAGCCAGUUUUUUUUUUUUUUUUUUUUUUUUGGCUGUAACAUGUGCUAGAUCUAUGUAACGUGGAUGGAAAAUGAACUGUUCUCUUAGAAGUCCAUACAGCUCACAAAAGGUCUAAGGUGCCCAAAGGAGAACCAUCAGCCACCCCUGGACUAUCAGAAUGAGUGACACUACUACUUUGGUUCCUCCAGCUUCCAACCAGGGUCCCACCACUCCGCGCAAAGGGCCCCCCAAGUUCAAGCAGCGGCAGACUCGCCAAUUCAAGAGCAAGCCUCCUAAGAAAGGUGUGAAAGGGUUUGGAGAUGACAUUCCAGGCAUGGAGGGGCUAGGAACAGAUAUCACAGUGAUUUGCCCCUGGGAGGCCUUCAGCCACCUGGAAUUGCAUGAGCUCGCCCAGUUUGGAAUCAUCUGAGACAUCAGAGGUUCUGCCACCCUCAACAGCACCUGCUGUAACUUUGUUCACUUUUGCUCUAUUGAUCUGCCAGAGUCUUGAUUUUAGUCUUGUUCGGAAGUGGUUUCUUUGGCUUACAGUCAUUUCCUUUAAAUUACUACUAAGAGUUAUCUUAGUGUCAGACUCUGUCACGCAGUAUAGUUUAGCUCAGAAUAGUGGGUGAAAAUCGACAUUUGUUAGGGCAUUUCAAACUUUACCACCUUUUCCUAUCAGUUAGUUAGAAGUUAUCAGUAUUUCUUUAAAUUUUGUUUAUUUGUUAAGUCCUUGGAAUCUCUUUUUGCUGGACAUUCUUUAUGAUUAGUAACAGGCUUUUAAGAUAAUCAUUUAUGUCACUCCCCUCCCCUUCUCAUUUAAUAAAGGUAAUAUUUACCUCAAA